GCUAUAGUUUAAGUCGCAAUAAGGGCUUUGCUGUGUUCCACCUUCGACGAUGGAUGAUAUAACAAUGAAAACAGGCGUUAGCAAUCCCUGCUUCAAAGAAGAUUCCAAUGAAACAGCCCCGGAAACUUCUGAGCCAGUUUCACCGGACGUGACGUCACGGAAUGAUUACGUCACACCGGACCCAUCAACAGAUAUGUUGUACACAGUGGACGAUACUCCAUCGUGGUACACUUGUACAGUUCUUGGGUUACAGCAUUACCUGAUCGCUAUCGGAGGGAUCGUUGGGCUACCAUUACUACUAGCUGGGCCGUUGUGUAUUGCUAACGAUGACGAUGGUGACGUGGCAAGGGCUUUAAUUAUAAGCAGUCUCUUCUUCGUGGCUGGUAUCUGUACAAUGCUACAAACAACGUUCGGGAUAAGGUUGCCAAUCAUGCAGGGUGGUACGUUCAGUUUUCUCCCACCAACUUUUGCAAUCCUGUCUUUGCCCCACAAUAAAUGCCCCCCAGCUCUACCUAGUGGAUUCAACAACGUCACAUACACUCUAUAUAACGACACAGAUGGAAGCAUUAUUGAUGGGACCGAAGUAUGGCAGAGGAGAAUAAGAGAGGUUCAAGGGGCAAUAGCUGUCGCUUCAUGUUUGCCAAUUUUGCUUGGCUUGACCGGUGCUGUUGGUUUUUUACUUCGAUUUAUUGGACCUUUAACCAUUGCCCCUGCUGUUGCAUUGAUUGGUUUGGACCUCUUUGCCGCAGCUUAUGGAAAUGCAUCCUCGCAAUGGGGAAUUGCGAUGUUUACUGCAUUUAUUGUGAUUGUGUGUUCUCAAUUUCUGAAGAAUAUUAAAGUUCCGACCCCUGCUUAUUCUAAGAGCAAAAAAUGUCACAUGACUAGAACACCAAUUUUUAAGUUGUUUCCGGUUCUAUUUGCGUUGAUAUUGGCUUGGCUGUUGUGUCUUAUCCUCACUGUUACAAAUGCACUUCCAACAUCAAGCAGUCAUCCUGGUUGGAGGGCAAGAACUGACAUUCGUACGAAUGUGAUCAGGAAUGCACCCUGGUUUCGGUUUCCUUAUCCGGGGCAGUGGGGAUUACCCCGGGUGACGAUUGCUGGGGUGAUAGGAAUGAUGGCUGGGGUUGUGGCUGGGUUCGUUGAGUCAAUUGGGGAUUACUACGCAUGUGCAAGACUCUCUGGGGCCCCUAACCCCCCAACCCAUGCUAUUAACAGAGGAAUUCUUACUGAGGGGUUUGGCUGCUUGCUGGCGGGUGUCAUUGGGACAAGCACGGCUACAACCUCCUUCAGUGAAAAUAUUGGAGCAAUUGGAAUUACAAGAGUUGGAAGUAGAAGGGUUCUCCAAGUAGCUGGCUUCAUCUUCUUCAUCCUUGGAAUGUUGAGCAAGUUUGGGAGCAUCUUCGUCACGAUCCCGGAUCCAGUGAUCGGAGGUUUGUUCUGUGUGAUGUUUGGGAUGAUCGCGGCAGUCGGGAUCAGCAACUUGCAGUAUGUGGAUCUUAAUUCACCCAGGAAUUUGUUCAUAGUUGGAUUUGCGUUGUUUAUGGGUUUAACUGUUCCUGAAUGGAUGAAGGCAAACAAAGGGGUUAUUCAAACUGGUGUGAUUGAAAUCGACCAAAUUCUUACAGUGUUUCUUGAAACUGCAAUGUUAGUUGGCGGCCUGCUUGCUCUUCUUUUUGAUAACACAAUCCCAGGUACCGAAAGUGAACGUGGUAUUGUAAGAUGGCGAAACGCCCAGAACGGUAAAGAGGUUUUUGACAAGAAAACUUUGCUUCAACAGGAAGCGGAUUGUUACAAACUUCCCUUCCCAACUAAUUGCUGCAGGUUUGCAAGAUAUGUUCCAUUUUUGCCGGAAUUUCGACAGCGGUACAAGGAGAUAGAUGAUGAUAAUGCUGAUGUAACUACUUCGGUUUAAACCCUUUGCCUUUGAUUUCUACUAAAUACAUUACCUUUUUUACACUAACCGUAUACAACACUAAACUAUAGCCAAUAAUACGGGCUA